AAGCAGCUCCAUUAGUGUGCUGCUGUCAUUUGUGGGCACAGACAAGUCCUUUUAACAUUGUGAGACGCUGCUGUGAUGAUUCACUGAUGCAAACCGAGGAAAACAGAAACAGGAUGUGGACCUUUAUAUUGCUUUACAUCCUAGGACAAAACAUCUGUCAGGCUACUGAAGAAUAUUCAACACAAAUGUAUUAUGUUAAACUGACAAUUGAUGAAAAUGCAAUCGACAACAUAACUCAACUGAUACAGAAACCUUUUGUGUAUGACACCAACCUGCAAGUUAACAACCUAACUAUAACAACAACCUGUCAGAAUGUCUCAAACAGCACAGAGUGUACCUGCAAGCCAGGCUACAGAUGGAGUGACAGCGUUUGUAAAUCUUAUCAGACAUGUUGUCGCGAAACCUGCACCUUCCCUCAAAACUCGUCUCACAUGUGUAUUUUAAACACUUCAGUUGCUGUCAACGGAUCCCUUAUUUUGAAAGGAAAUACUUAUGCCAAUUGUCUGACAGAUAAAAGCACUAUAGAGUUUCAGACUUGUAAUGACAAUUUGACAAUUCAGUUAAAAAGUGUUUACAGCACUUUGACAGGAUUUGACACCUUAACAAUUUUACAAUACAGUGUUGGAAGUGUCAUUGCAACUUUUCAAAUGAUCAUCGCUUAUGGAGUCAGUCCAAAAGAUCUGAUUAUCAAAUCAAGCACACUCCUGAACAGCAGUCUGUCAGCAUCACUUGAUUUGGUGACUACAGGUGUUGUCACUUUAAGCAUGCCAAAUAACCCUGUGUAUUACGACUCAAAUCACAGCCUCACAUGCACAUUACAGAAGGACCUGGACGUUAUACCAACAUGGCAGCUUAAUACAACAAACAACACAUUUCAAAUAACUAAUGGCACAGGGGCAGUGCUGACAUGGACAACAAGGUCAACUAACAUUGAACUUAAACGGAUAACAGAACUCUGGGCAGGAACGUACACAUGUGACUAUUUUCAACAAUUAAAUUCAACCAGUAUACGUCACCAAGCCAGCGCAUUAAUGGACGUAUGCCUCCUGCCAAAAAUUAACAUCUUCCUGGAUCCACAAUUUCCACACUGCAAAUCUGAUUCAGAUAUACUGACCGUGACUACAACGUGUCAGAUAGAGAGUAGCACUGAAAAUUAUAAUGUGACAUGGAACACUGAAAAAAUCUUAUCACAAUUGCUACCAAAAAAUGGUUCCUCAGGUGUUUAUACAGUUCAAACAUAUGUUAAGUGUGGCGACCGUAACGCUUCGCCAAAAGUAAGCUGCAAUUUUGUGAACAGGUGCAAUCAACAAAGAACUGCUUCGAUUAAUAUAAAUAUCAUACAAGAAAAUGAUCCAUUCUGUGAAGCUGAACUUGACUGGCAAGACACCAAAGCUGGAUUCUCUGCAGUGUUACAAUGCAAGGGCUCGGCUGGACUGAGAACAAGGAACUGCACCACUGGGAGUAAAUGGGAAAAGGAGGUUUCAGCAUGUGUCAACCAGAUCUUGAACAAUGUGCUGCAAAGUUCAAUUAUUGUUGACAUUGGACUUGGCACAAAAGAUGACAACGCUGCAAAUGUACUUGCCCUCUUUAGCAAUGUUACAAAUAACACACAGAGUAUCAACAGUUUCAGCAAUAUGAAUGCAUCUGUUCAUGUACUCUUAACUUUGAGUCAAAAACAACUAAAUCCAAAUGAAUCUGCAUUUAAGGACUUUCUGGUGUCAUCCAGCAAUUUGCUCGAGAAAUCUCUUGGAAAUUCAUGGACGGGUGACAACAACGAAAAUGUGUCAUUGGCUGAGAAAUAUCUGAAAUCUGUUGAAGAAUUAAUUAAUGUGUCAAACAUAACAAAUGCCCCUAAACAAACAAAUAUACAGGUAGCCGUACCAAAUUGCUCACUGCCUACAAAUUGUAUCAGCACUGUGUUUAAUAUCAGCGUCGCUCUUAAUAGUCAAGACCGUGGCAAUGUAAAAAUGUCUGCGUUUAAAGAACUGGAGCAAUAUUUUCCCACCAACAGUUAUUUGGGGGAAACACCAAACAGCCACGUUGUGUCAGCAACUACUGAAAGAUCAUUGGGUCCAGCUACGGUUGAAAUUACAUUCCCUUUGCUCCAACCAAGGCCACGCAACGUUAUUAUGACGUGUGUCUACUGGAACUUCAACACAUCUACGUGGUCAUCAGAUGGAUGCGAUUGGAAGGGGGCAACUAAUGAGGGACAAUGCGUUUGUCGGCAUUUGUCCUCAUUUGCCAUUCUAAUGUCAAAGAAACCCUUGGAGAUCACUGCAUUAACUGAGAUAACCUACGCUGGACUCUCCAUAUCAGUCCUGUCACUCACUAUCACCCUUGUGAUAGAACUGAUCGUCUGGAGCCAUGUAGUUAAGACAAAUACUUUAUAUUUACGACAUACUGCCCACGUAAACAUUUCUCUCUGUUUGUUAGUUGCAGAUUGCUGUUUUUUAGCAUCUUCUAAUCCACGUGAAAUUACAGCAAUCUGGUGUGUGACUUUUGUGGUGGUGAAGCAUUUCUGUUAUCUGUCCAUGUUCUUUUGGAUGUUGUGUCUGAGCUGCACACUUCUUCACCAAGCAGUUUACCUGUUCCAUAAUGUGAGCAAAAAAAACUACCUGAGGUUCUCACUGGUCGUGGGCUACGUGUGUCCUUUGCUUAUUGUUGUUAUCACGUUUCUUACCAAUAAUGGGGAUGAAGGCAAAUACUACACUUCAGAGACCUGUUGGUUGGUUUAUUCUGGACUUCUGAAAGGGUCUAUCUAUACAUUUGUCAUACCAGUCGGUAUAAUUGUUUUCGUCAACGUGUUCUCCAUGUUGGUGGUUAUCAUGAAGCUUUUGGAUCAUCCUAAGAAUACAGAAAAGUCUCAUGAAAAAGAAAAAAAGGCUGCCCUAACUGUCAUGAGGUCAGUUAUUCUUCUGACUCCAAUCUUCGGUGUGACUUGGAUUUUUGGGUUUGCUGUAAUGCUUCUAGACCUCACAUCUGGACCCGUUGCCUAUGCAGCCAACUAUGCCUUUACCCUGCUGAACGCAUUCCAGGGUUUGUUCAUUUUGUUAACCACUUGCCUGGGGGACAAACUGACCCGUGAAGCCCUGCUGAAACGUCUAAAAUGCAAAGUAAGUGCACUAAACUGAGUAUAAGCAAAUGUAAAAUACCAAAACGGCAACUGAUUAA